UAUAUUAUAUUUUACAUCAUAGCGAGCGCGCGCUGUCAAAGUCACUAGUUUUGUGUAGCUUUUUCGGAAGGAUGCAUUUGAUACAGAAAUUUCCAGCGUUUUUACAUCAAGUUCAUGGGUAUGGUGCACUGCGUCAGAUAAUUCUUACUAAUGACACUCUUGAGGCGGUCACUCGGCUUCAGAGGAAGAAAUGUCCUCGACAACCAAUCGAAAAGAAGGCACCGCCCAACAAACCCUGCGAUCGACCUACUCCGAUCUGUCCUUCCAAGAACGAACCUUGCGGUAAACCUAAUGAUCCUGAUAAGUCAAAGCCGAAAAAGAAAAAGUGCCAAACAAAAACCUAUCCAUCUUUUUUAAAUUUUACACCGAAGGACGUUAAAUUUAUUUGUGCUCCCUAAAAGAAAAUCGAAUCGAAUGUGUCCUCAAGCUUUAAUUUUUAUUUUGGAAAUAAAUUUCUAAGAUCUUUUAAUCGG